CUCCACAAAUUCACUGUGCCUGCGCUUUAGUAAGCUAUGCCCGCUCGCUUUGAGGAGCUUCGAGGCUACUGACCUUCCCGCGGGUCCGAGGGCCCCGCCGGCCAAGAGAGCUUACUUCUGAGUCCGAGGAUUGUUUAGGCGUCGGUGUUGGAAAUAAGAAUCACUGGUGUAUAAAAAGAGGCGAGAUUGGAAAGCUCGAUUGCUUGUUGUUGCCACAGAACCCCGCAUCCACUCCAGUCUCCCAAAGUAACAUGACGACGACAAUCCCCACGGUCUUCAUCACAGGUGCCAACGCCGGCCUCGGCUUUGAGGUGGUCAAGUCGCUCCUCGCUUCGUCCAAACAGUCGUACCGCGUGCUGCUGGGCGGGCGCUCCUUUGAGCGUGCCACUGAAGCAACGCGAAUCCUGACCACCGAGCACAUACCUUCCGGCUCUCGCUCCACUGUCGAGCCCGUUCAAGUUGAUCUCAGCAGCGAUGAGUCCAUCGAAAAGGCAUUUGAGACGGUGAAGAGCAAGACGGACCGCGUCGACGUCUUGAUUAACAACGCCGGCGGGCAGUUCGAUUCGUAUGCCCAAGAUGGCAAGAUGGGCAAGCGUGAAAUGUGGAAUUUGUCAUGGGACACCAACGUCACAGGGACCCACCUCUUGACCGAGGCGUUUGCACCCCUGCUCCUGGCCUCUUCUGAACCUCGGCUGCUAUUCAUCACAAGCGGUACCUCGUCAAUCGAAGAGGCUUCGCGCGGCCUGCCCUACACCGCCGCGAAGCCCCCAGCAGGCUGGCCGAAACCAAGGUCGUAUGAGUUUACUGCAUACCGGGCCUCCAAGGCUGGCCUCAACAUGGUCAUGGUCGAGUGGAAGCGCAUCUUCCAGAACGACCCCGUCAAGCUCUGGGCCAUCUCGCCUGGCUUCCUGGCGACGAACCUUGCUGGCGUCGGCUCAGACAAGCUCAAGUCUAUGGGUGCUCAGGAUCCCACCGUCGGCGCUGAAUUUGUCCGCGACGUCGUCGAGGGAAAGAGGGACGCAGACGUCGGCACCGUCAUACGCCGCGAUGCCACGCAGGCAUGGUGACGAAGACAUCAUGUCGUGGUAUGAUAUUCCGAAUCUAGCCCUUGUGCUGUUCGAUAAUUCUUUAGCAGUAGGAAUAUGAAGACACGACCAUUAGAUUACAAAGAAGCCAGGACCUCCUUUGCAGCUCGCUGCCCCGAGCGAAUAGCACCGUCCAUGUAGCCAACCCAAUAAUCGGCCGACUCGGUACCUGCAAAAUGCAGCGCACCCACCUGGGCCCGAAGAGCAGGUCCCACAGUCGUGUACACGCCAGGGCCUGCUGUGGCCGUGGGUCCACCGCGCGAAUAUUCUUCGAGAUCCCACCGCUGGAAGAUCCACUGUCGGACGUUAUUGGCCUCUUGGCCAAAGUAGUUGACGUAGUCCGGCUGGAUAGCAUUGAUGAGCUCCUGCUCCGUAGCAUUGUCCAGAGCGCGCAUCUGAUCUGCCUC